AUGUCGUUUUCUUCAUAUUUUAUUCUCGAACCUUCUGCUUUAUGCCGGUUUACCCAUAAUGCACUGCGCUGCUUCCCUUUCUUCUCGCUUGUGUGGUUGUCCAAAAUGUCGCUACUCGAAGGUCCGUUAAAUGUGUUCGGCCAGAGAACAACUGGCGAGUCUGUUCGUACUCAGAAUGUCAUGGCCGCAGCAUCUAUCGCUAACAUUGUCAAAAGCUCCCUGGGACCGGUCGGCCUCGACAAGAUGUUGGUGGACGACAUUGGGGACGUAACCAUCACCAACGAUGGAGCAACCAUCCUAAAGCUGCUGGAAGUGGAGCACCCAGCUGCCAAGGUCCUGUGUGAACUGGCUGAUCUGCAAGACAAGGAGGUUGGAGAUGGGACCACUUCUGUGGUAAUUAUUGCUGCAGAGUUGCUGAAAAGUGCAGAUGAGCUGGUGAAACAAAAGAUUCAUCCCACAUCAGUCAUCAGCGGAUAUCGUCUGGCUUGCAAAGAGGCAGUGCGCUACAUUAAUGAGAAUCUCACUAUUGGAACAGAUGAUCUGGGCAGAGAGUGCUUGAUUAAUGUAGCCAAGACGUCCAUGUCCUCCAAAAUCAUUGGAGUUGAUGCUGAAUUCUUUGCUAACAUGGUGGUGGAUGCUGCCAUGGCUGUGAAGUUUGUGGACAGCAAGGGUGUGGCCAAAUACCCCAUCAACUCUGUCAAUGUACUGAAAGCUCAUGGUCGCAGCCAGAAAGAGAGCUACUUGGUUAACGGAUAUGCGCUGAACUGCACAGUCGGCUCGCAGGGAAUGGUUAAGCGUGUUGCCAACGCCAAGAUUGCCUGCUUGGACUUCAGCCUUCAGAAAACAAAGAUGAAAAUGGGGGUGCAGGUCGUCAUUAGUGACCCAGAAAAGCUUGACCAGAUCAGACAAAGGGAAUCCGAUAUUACUAAGGAGAGGAUCCAAAAGAUUUUGGCAGCUGGGGCCAAUGUUAUCCUGACCACAGGUGGCAUUGAUGACAUGUGUCUUAAGUACUUUGUGGAUGUAGGAGCCAUGGCAGUAAGAAGAGUUCUUAAGAGGGAUCUCAAACGCAUCGCUAAGGCAACAGGAGCCACCGUCUGCCCUUCUCUCACUAAUCUGGAGGGGGAAGAGACAUUUGAGGCCACUAUGCUUGGCCAGGCUGAGGAGGUUGUUCAGGAACGUGUCUGUGAUGAUGAACUCAUCCUUGUCAAGAAUACUAAAGCACGAACAUCAGCCUCCAUAAUUUUGCGUGGUGCCAACGACUUCAUGUGUGACGAGAUGGAGCGGUCAUUGCAUGACGCCCUCUGUGUUGUAAAGCGGGUGCUGGAGUCAAAGUCUGUGGUCCCAGGAGGCGGUGCUGUGGAGGCAGCUCUGUCAAUCUACUUGGAGAACUAUGCUACUAGCAUGGGAUCCAGGGAGCAGUUGGCCAUUGCUGAGUUUGCUCGGUCUCUCCUCGUCAUCCCCAAAACACUGGCUGUGAAUGCAGCACAGGACUCCACUGACCUGGUGGCAAAGCUGCGGGCUUUCCACAAUGAAGCCCAAGUAAACCCUGAACGCAAGAAUCUGAAGUGGAUUGGUCUGGACCUGGUGAAUGGUAAACCCAGAGACAACCGUCAGGCUGGUGUAUACGAGCCCACAAUGGUCAAGACAAAAAGCCUCAAGUUUGCCACUGAAGCUGCGAUCACCAUCCUCCGCAUUGAUGACCUCAUCAAACUGUUCCCAGAACCAAAGGAAGGAGGGCAGUCAUACCAAGAUGCUGUACGUUCUGGAUCCCUGGAGGGUUGAAAAGCUCCUGAUAGGUUCAAUGUCUGUAUUUAUACAUGAAGAGCUCUUCAAGGCUGUUGCUUUAGUUUAGGCCAUGCACUUUGCCUUUUCACUGUUGUCCCACUCCCUCGCCUUCAGGGCAGUCGCUUCUAGAGGAACUGUAAGUGAUUUGUUUGUUUUGGACACAAUAAAGCUCCAGUGGUUGUAAAUGA